AUGACCCGAGACAUCUUUUUGCAAACGUGGCAAAAAGGACGGCACGAGGCAAGAUCCAUUGGGCGACUGGAGGGCAUCGUAUUCGACGAGUGCUCUAGGAACGCGAAAACCGUGCAAAAAUUAGCCAUAUGCGUGACGCACGUGCUCGCCGAGCGGGAUCGCAUCAAAUCUCAGAAAAUAAUCCGGCCCUUGCCUCCCUCAUAUUACGUGACGACGAGGAGUGAGAAAACGGCGUCGGCCGCUGCGUCGGCACCACACGAGGACCCCUUCGAAACCGAACGCCUCGAUCGGCUGGAGCGUAAAUUGCAGCGGAUCGCCGACUUUGCGGAGCGUUCGAAACGCAGUGUGGAUUCCCAACGUAACCUCCCGAAAAACGUGGAAAGCCUUCGGCGGUUGCAGCGAUACUUCGAAAAGGUCGACCAUUGUAAUGAAUAUUUGCGGACGAUGAAUGAUGAGAAUCAACGGUAUGUUGGAUACUUU